AGGAAAUUCAGCUUAAGCUAAUACUCAUAAGCUUUGCAAUUUCCUAACUCCACCAAUCAAAUAAAGAUAGAGCAAUACAGUCAUAUAUACAUGCACCUAUAGCCCAAUACUAUUCAUCAAACAUCACAUAUAGUUUUCUUUCCUAACCAAUUAAGUAUUUGUCCAAAACAUUGAGAGUUUGUUACCCUUUACAUAACAAUGGAGUAUGCCAAUGGAAAUUGUAAUGGUCAUAAUAAUGCUAGUCAAGAAUUAUGUAUUAAGGGUAAUGAACAACAAGACCCUUUGAAUUGGAACAUGGCAGCUGAUGCACUCAAGGGUAGCCACCUUGAUGAAGUCAAGAAAAUGGUGGAGGAGUUUAGGAAGCCGGUGGUUCAGCUAGGGGGUGAGACGCUAACGAUAGCUCAAGUGGCCGCGAUAGCAGGCAGGUCGGGCACAGAGGUGAUGGUGGAGCUGGCGGAGGCAGCCAGGGCGGGCGUCAAGGCCAGCAGUGAUUGGGUCAUUGAAGGCAUGAAAAAUGGGACUGAUAGCUAUGGUGUUACUACUGGUUUUGGUGCUACAUCACAUAGGAGGACCAAACAAGGUGCAGCUCUACAGAAGGAGCUAAUAAGGUUCUUGAAUGCCGGAAUUUUUGGCAAUGGGACAGAGUCUUGCCACACGCUGCCACACUCCGCCACGAGGGCCGCCAUGCUAGUGAGGAUCAACACCCUACUUCAAGGCUACUCCGGCAUAAGAUUUGAGAUCUUGGAAGCUAUAACAAAAUUGCUCAAUAAUAACAUCACCCCAUGUUUGCCUCUCCGUGGCACAAUCACAGCAUCUGGUGACUUGGUACCACUGUCCUACAUUGCUGGGCUUUUAACGGGCCGGCCCAAUUCCAAAGCAACUGGGGCUAAUGGAGAAUUAUUGGAUGCUGUCAUGGCGUUUCAACUGGCCGGUAUAGACACUGGAUUCUUUGAGUUGCAGCCCAAAGAAGGCUUAGCUUUGGUUAAUGGCACUGCUGUUGGUUCUGGUUUGGCUUCUAUGGUUCUUUUUGAGGCUAACAUUCUCGCUGUUCUUUCUGAAGUUUUAUCAGCUAUUUUUGCUGAAGUUAUGCAAGGAAAGCCUGAGUUUACAGACCAUUUGACACAUAAAUUGAAGCAUCACCCUGGCCAAAUAGAAGCUGCAGCUAUAAUGGAACAUAUUUUAGAUGGAAGUUCCUAUGUUAAGGAAGCUAAGAAAAUCCAUGAAAUGGACCCUUUACAAAAGCCUAAGCAAGAUCGUUACGCUCUACGUACAUCUCCACAAUGGUUAGGUCCUCAAAUUGAGGUCAUUAGAUCAGCAACAAAAAUGAUUGAAAGAGAGAUUAACUCAGUUAAUGACAACCCUUUGAUUGAUGUUUCAAGAAACAAGGCAUUGCAUGGUGGAAAUUUCCAAGGGACACCAAUAGGCGUAUCAAUGGACAACACCAGGCUAGCACUUGCCUCAAUUGGGAAACUUAUGUUUGCACAAUUUUCUGAACUUGUCAAUGACUAUUACAACAAUGGAUUACCUUCAAAUUUGACCGGGGGGCGGAAUCCUAGCUUGGAUUAUGGUUUCAAAGGUGCUGAAAUUGCUAUGGCAUCUUACUGUUCUGAACUCCAAUUUCUUGCAAAUCCAGUGACUAACCAUGUCCAAAGUGCUGAGCAACACAACCAAGAUGUAAACUCUUUGGGCUUAAUCUCCUCAAGAAAAACAGCUGAGGCGGUCGACAUUUUGAAACUCAUGUCUUCUACUUAUCUAGUAGCACUUUGCCAAGCCAUUGACUUGAGGCACUUGGAAGAAAAUCUCAAGGCUUCAGUGAAAAGUGCAGUGAGUUUAGUGGCCAAGAAAGUGCUGAUAACUGGUCAAAAUGGAGGGCUUCACUAUUCAAGAUUCAGCGAGAAAGACUUGCUCACAGCGGUUGAUAGAGAAUAUUGUUUUGCAUAUGCUGAUGACCCCUGCAGUGCUAACUAUCCACUAAUGCAAAAGUUAAGACAAGUGUUAGUGGACCAUGCCCUAUUGAAUAGUAAUGAGGAGACGAAUUCUAGCACUUCAAUUUUCCAUAAAAUCAGUGCAUUUGAGGAAGAAUUGAAGAUUGUUUUGCCUAAGGAAAUUGAGAGUGCUAGAUGUAACUUGGAGAAUGGGAAGCCAGCAAUUCCUAAUAGGAUUCAAGAAUGCAGGUCAUAUCCAUUGUACAAGUUUGUGAGGGAAGAAUUAAGGACUAAUUAUUUGACAGGCGAGAAAGUCCAAUCACCUGGAGAAGAAUUUGACAAAGUAUUCACUGCUAUGAAUGAAGGGAAGUUGGUAGAUCCAUUGCUUGAUUGCUUGAAGAAAUGGAAUGGUGCUCCUCUUCCACUUUGCUAGAGAAAAAAGUGGGAAAAAAAAGAUAAAGUUAUUGGCUUCACAAUGUAGGUACAUUACUUUGUAAGUUUAUUUUUCUAGUUUGAGAACUUUUAUGGGUUUGUAAGAAAAAUUGUGACUCUUAAACUUAUUGAUGAUAUUUGAUAUUUGUAUCUUGUUUUUAGCAA